UAACUCACUGGGAUCCCACAGCGACAGGAUCGGAAGAUGUAAGCACGGAGCAAAGCUCACCUAGCUGGCCUUCGUCGUUGGAGGCCAUUGAUCCAUCACUGUCCUGUUCGUUCCAAUUCCAUCAUGGCAGCGGCUGUUCUCGCCGUGCUGGUGGCCGCCCUGCUCGUCCUCGCCCGAGGCGGACCGGCGGCGGCCACGGAGUUCGCGUUCCCCGGCUUCGCGCGCGCCAAAGUGACGACCAGCGGCGCGGCCGUGGUCACCGCCUCCGGCCUUCUGCUGCUCACCAACGAGACCAACGAGGUGUUCGGGCACGGCUUCUACCCAGCGCCGGUGCGCUUCAAGGACGCCUCCACGGGCGGGCCGCUCUCCUUCUCCACCGCAUUCGUGGUCGCCAUCGUGCCGCGGUACCCGGACGCGCACGGCCACGGGAUCGCCUUCGCGCUGGCGCCGGCGCCGACCGUGCCGGCAGCCGUGGCGGGGAAGUACCUCGGCCUGUUCAACACGUCAGAUAACAGGGGCCAGGGGAGGAGCGAGGUCGUCGCCGUCGAGCUCGACACGGCCCAGGACGAGGAGUUCUCCGACAUCAACGACAACCACGUCGGCAUCGACGUCAACGGACUGGAUUCCGUGAGCUCAACACCGGCGGCGUACGUAGACGUUGCCACGGGCAGCCUCGUCAACCUCAGCCUGGUCAGUGGGGAAGCGCUGCAGGUGUGGAUCGAGUACGACAGCGCAAGCAUGCGCCUGGAGGUGACUGUGUCGCCGGCCGGCAAGCCCAGGCCGGGCGUCCCGAUCGUGUCUUCCACCGUCAACCUCUCGUCGGCCGUGGCCGACGACACUUACAUCGGGUUCUCGGGGGCGAACGGCGCGGCGUCAAGCUCGCACUACGUUCUUGGCUGGAGUUUCCGCCUCGGCGGCGGCCGCGCGCCGGACCUCGACCUCUCGAAACUCCCGGCUCUCCCGUCGUCAAAGAAGACGAUGCCGCGGCUACUGAUCGUCAUACUGGUCCUAGCUGUCGUCUUGGCACUCGUCUUAGUGUCGGGGGCGGUCGCGGUGCUCGUCAAAAGGCGCCGGCGUUUCGCCGAGGAGGAGGAGGACUGGGAGGUCGAGUACGGCCCUCACCGGAUAAGGUACAAGGACCUUCACGCGGCGACGAGGGGCUUCCGCGACGUCAUCGGUGCCGGCGGCUUCGGCAGCGUGUACCAUGGCGUGCUCCGGCGGUCGGGCGCCGAGGUCGCCGUCAAGAAGGUGUCCCACGAGUCGCGGCAGGGGCUGCGCGAGUUCGUCUCGGAGAUCGCGAGCAUGAGCCGGCUGCGCCACCGCAACCUCGUGCAGCUCCUGGGCUACUGCCGGCGACGGGGCGAGCUGAUCCUCGUCUACGACUACAUGGUCAACGGCAGCCUCGACAAGCACCUGUUCGACGCCGACAAGCCGACCCUGAGCUGGGAGCGGCGCGCCAAGAUCGUCCGGGACGUCGCCGCCGGGCUGCUGUACCUGCACGAGGGCUGGGAGCAGGUGGUGGUGCACCGCGACAUCAAGGCCGCCAACGUCCUCCUCGACGCCGACAUGAACGGCAAGCUUAGCGACUUCGGCCUGGCGCGGCUGUACGACCACGGCAGCAAACCACACACGACGCACGUCAUCGGGACGCUCGGGUACCUCGCGCCGGAGAUGAACAAGACGGGCAAGGCCACCACGAGCACCGACGUGUUCGCGUUCGGCGCCUUCCUGCUCGAGGUGGCCUGCGGACGGAGGCCCAUGGAGCGCGACGACGACCUCGACUCUCCGGGGCUCGUCGACCUCGUCCUCAACCGCUGGAAGGCCGGGAGGAUCAUGGAUGCCAGGGAUCCAAGGAUCGGCGAGUGCGACGAGGCCGAUCUCGAGCUGGUGCUCAAGCUCGGGCUGCUCUGCUCGCACCCGGACCCCCGGAGCCGGCCGAGCAUGAGGCAGGUGGUGCAGAUACUGGAAGGCGCCGGGACGGUGCCGGAGACGCCGCCGAAGGAUCUAGGCAGCAAUAACAGGUUGUUCUACGGAUACAGCGAGUCGUUCGACGAGUUCGCCACCAUUUUCCUGGCGUCAGAGACCACCACCGUCACGGCACAGGCGUCUUCUUCGCACUCCAACGACGAGCAGCAGGAGCUGAUCUCCGGCUGAGCAGUGCCAUCUUCUCUCUUCACCAAAAAGUUAAAGUCGUGUAUUUACGAAUGGUUGGAUAGGAAAACAAGUAGUCACAGAUCUAGGUGCUGUUUGAUCUUUUUGUGAAGUGAACAUAGCCACAUAGGAUAUCGUCAGCCAUUUGUAGGGAUGACAAAAAAAAAGUUUGAUGCAUCAAGUUCUAA